UGGCAAUUGUAUAUUUCAAGAUAAAAAAAUAAAGAUGCCGUAACAAUCUAUUAAUCAUUAAGUUUCCAAUACAAAGUCAUAAAUAGCAAAACUUUCCAGACCCACACUGGAAGGGAGUUCGAGAGUACGCACUUUAGUAGUUACCAGUCAUAUCGAGACCAAAGUCUUGAUCAGCUCUAAGCUCGUGACACCUCUCAGUACCUGAUGAAAACCCAAAACAGAACUCUGCAUAAACUUCUAGCCUUCUGUGAGUGAGCUUAUGCAGAUAUCAGGAGCAAAAUUUAAUAUGAGGUUACUGCUAAGAUAUAACAUCAAAUUAUGGAUAAAGAGAAAUAAAACAAUAGACGCUGGUGAGGAUUGCACAGCAUUUGAACACCCACAAAACUCCAAAGAAGGCAAGAUGUGAUUUAACCUAAUAGAAUUGUUAUGUGUGUUGCUGAUUAGCUCAACUGUUUAUCUUACAGUCCUGAAGUUUAAAGGAACAUUUAGUUUGCAAUGAGCUGUCAUUGGCUGUGAGCCUUGAUUCGGAGACAUUGAAGUGCUGUAAACAGAGUAAGCGUCAGUAAGACACGGAAGUGAGUGAAUAUCGAAAACAAUGACAGCUUUAGCUCAUGAUCAAGAAGGUCUUACUAGGUUUGCUCAAAGAAUUCGAGGAAAACUGUGCACACCAGAGGUUAAACAAAUCUCUUAUGAAAAAUGGAUUUUUGGGCUGAGGAUUGCUAAUAUUUGUCUGGUGUCAUUAAUGACUGACUAGCAUUAAAAUAUUUCACUUAUUUAUGCAGAUCUAAAGUCUCUGUGAAACGGCAGUGCAGGGGUUAUUGCUGUGAAAAUAGCAAUCAAGAUAGGUGCCAGGGUCUGUGCCAUGGAUCCAAGAGAAAUGAAGCUGGUACCUUUCUUUAAAAACAAGGAAGACUAAAUCAGGCUCCAUUUACUCACAGGUGAAGCUGUGUAACGGUUAAAGCAUACAGCUACAACACAGCCUGGAGUUAAACAGAAUAUUGCCAAUACGUCAAGAUGGACUAGAAGUGUCUUUUAGAAUCAAUAUCUCUGUAACAAACAUGACCCAGCAGUGCUGUGGAAGCAAAAUAAAUUAAGCAGCUUAAUACUAAGGCUGUGCUGAACAUCCUCUCAUGGCCACAGGCAAGAUGAGGAAUUGCAGUAGCAUGAAGGAGGAUUCUUCCUAAUGGACAACUAUUGAGCACAUUGGGACUCCUGAGAAAGACUCUGAAAGCUUGAGCCGCAUUGGACUGGAAUCAUGUUAAACAAGCCAGUGCUGGCAGAGUCCCUGAUUGUGUUCCUCAUCGUUCUCUGCGUGCACGCAGUAGUGUGGGACCGGUAUUCCUGGUGUGCCGUCGCUCUCACCAUCCAGGCUUUUUAUGUCCAAUUCAAAUGGGACCGUCUGCUCCAGCAGGGUGGGGCUGUAUUCCAGUUCCGUACAGCAGCCAACAGCGGCCUCCUGCCAGCUAGCAUGGUCAUCCCCUUGCUGGGGAUAGUGAUGAAGGAGAGGUGCAGGUCUGCUGGCAUCGUGUACUUCGAACGUUUUGGCAUAAUUGUAGCUUCCACCGGCAUGCUGGUUGCUCUCUUUUUAUCUGUAAUAGCAGUUGGCAUCACAAAACCUGUGCCAACCAACACUUGCAUACUUACCGGUAUUGCUGGCAGUGUCAUUAUCUAUACCAUGAAGCACUCCUUGACUGUUUCAGAAGUGAUAGAGGUCCUAGAGGUGCUGCUAAUUUUUGUCUACCUCAGUAUGGUCUUGCUGUACUUGUUACCUCGAUGUUUUACUCCCGGAGAAGCAUUGCUUGUUCUCGGAGGCAUCAGUUUUGUUCUCAAUCAGCUCAUUAAACGCUCACUAAAUGUAGUUGAGGGCAGGGGUGAUCCCAUAGACUUUUUCCUUCUGGUGGCAGUUGUUGGAGUUGUUCUUCUUGGGCUUUUUUUCACUGUGCUCUUCAUUUUCAUGGACUCGGGUACGUGGAUCUCCUCCCUGUUUUUCCACAUGAUGACAGCAGUGCUAGGCUUAGGGGUCAUCAUGCCUUGGCUGUACCGGCUGAUCCAGAGGAACCCUUUGUUCUGGCUACUCCAGUUUCUGUUUCAGACACAGACAAGAGUUUACCUUCUUGUAUACUGGACCUUUUUGGCUGCUUCAGCAUGUGGCGUAGUUUUCUACCAGAAUGCUAAGAGAUCAUCCGAAUCUAAAAAACACCAGGCCUCGACUAUAACUAGGAAAUAUUUCCAUUUCAUUGUUGUAGCUACUUACGUUCCCGGACUAAUCUAUGACCGCCAGCUUCUCUACGUUGCUGCAGUACUGUGUCUGGCAGCCUUUAUCUUCUUAGAGUAUGUUCGGUACUUCAGGAUCAAACCAUUUGGCCAAACCCUUAGGCAUUUGCUGUCUCUCUUCUUGGAUGAAAGAGACAGUGGACCUCUAAUCUUGACUCAUAUUUAUCUUCUUCUUGGCAUGUCCCUUCCAGUAUGGUUAUUCCCCAGAUCUUGUGCUCCAAAAGGGACCUUGUCUGGGGCAGGAGCACUGGUUCCCUACUCCGGGGUGCUGGCGGUAGGGGUAGGAGACACCAUCGCCUCUGUUUUUGGCAGCACAAUGGGGGAAAUCAAGUGGCCGGGAACAAAGAAGACCGUUGAAGGGACAAUGACAGCUAUUUUUGCUCAGAUCAUAGCUGUGGCGCUUAUUCUAAUCUUUGACAGCAGUGUCAACCUGAACUCCAGCUAUGCCUGGAUUCUGGCAUCUGUGAGUUUGGUUUCUCUUUUGGAAGCUUACACUACCCAAAUCGAUAAUCUGCUCUUGCCUCUCUACCUCCAGAUAAUGUUUAUGGCAUAAAAGCACUGCCUGGAACAGAGGUUUCUCCCUUUCUAGAGAAAAGUGGUAAUAGAAUAUGCAUCGUAACGAGAGCUCAAAGCUGAUCUAAACACUACGUUUGGUACAGCACAUAAAAUUGUUAAAAACAGAAAUGAAAAAGACCCAUUUAAAAUAAAGAGUGGUUUGGUCUUGUUUUUUCACCCUGUUAAAACAGCGUGAGGUGCUUUGUUUUCACGGGAACACAAACGUGACCAAUAAAAAUAGCAUUGCUGUUUAACAAUCCAAUUUAAGUUUCUUCUGGGUGCCUAGAGGAAAAGGAGGUAAGUCAAUCAGAGAAGAAUAAAGAAAUAAAUAAGCAA